UCCUCUGCUUCCAUGACCAACGCCGUCAACUUCUCCACCGCUCUUCGCACACCCUCUUCUUCGACCCCUGCUCUCCGCAGAUCGACGGCGUUCAAGCGAGAAAAUCUCAGACCCACUCGCCGAUGUCGUUCAUUGAGUCCGACACCGACUUCGAGCUUCAGUCUCCGUCACGGUCAGGAAACACUGUUCGAGGCUCAAGACGCCGGCAUUGAAGAGCAUGAGCAAGUAGUGGCGGAAAGAAAUAGACUGAGGGAUCAACUGGCUCGGAGAAAUGAGGAAAUUAAGAAGCUUAAAGCAGUUAUUGAUUCUGCAUUGAAGGAUUUGAGCAAUGUAGUUACUCGUUUAAAGGAAGUUUCUCCUUCUAAUGAAGAAGAAGAUGGAAGAAAAAUAGCUCAGCAGCCGAUAUCCCCUGAAGUGAAAUCAGCUAACAAAUGUGAACCACAAAAAAGUUGA